AUGAGAUACUAUGAGCGAAAACGUCGGCAAAAUGAUUUUUCUGAACAAAUUACAGAGGGCACACCAAAACGUAACAAAGUACAUCAAUUUGAUGACAAUCAGAGAAUUUCAAAUGAUCUGAAUGUGAAUCGAAGUCAAAAUCAAGACCCAAAUGAAGAUAUGGUUAACAAGCGUAAUAAUAACCCUACAGCAGCGUACUUUAAUAUAAAACGUGCAUCCGUAAAUUCAAAAUUUACGGAAACGUCACGUCAACGACAAAAACGUGAGUCUUUUCCACCAUUUAGGAUUCGAUUUAAAGAUAAUUAA